AUGAUGUCCAAUACUAGAAAUUCAUCAUCAACCAUACAUCAUUUUAUUCUUGGAACUUCUAAUCCGUUAACAACUGCUAUUUGGAUAAUUAAUGAACGAAAUUCAACACCAGUAAAUAUUGAUGUUUAUCAAUCAAUUGUUCGAAUAAUGUGGUAUCGUUUCCUAUUAAUCAUUAUUAUUUUUGUGACUGCUGCUGGCAAUAUUUUAGUUUGUUUGGCUAUAGCACGAGAACGAAAGUUACAAAAUACAACUAAUUAUUUUCUUAUGUCAUUAGCUAUUGCAGAUUGUCUUGUUGCUAUACUUGUCAUGCCGAUGGGAAUGAUUGCAGAAGUAUUAGGUACAUUUUUUCAACAAAUAUUCAAAACAUCAACAGAAAUUUUCCAUAUGUUAUUUAUAUUUUCUUUAGGCCAUUUUCCAUUACCACAUUAUGCCUGUAUUAUUUUCGCAACAAUGGAUGUAUUAUGUUGUACAUCAUCUAUAUGGCAUAUGAGUACAAUGUCAAUGGAUCGUUAUUUUACAAUUCGUUUUCCUUUUCGCUAUGGAAGAAAUAAAACUCGUCGUAUCAUGUUACUUAAAAUUAUUGCUGUUUGGGCAAUAAGCACAGCUGUAUCAUCUCCAAUAUUCGUUUUAGGUAUUGUUGAUAAACAAAAUGUUUUAUCAAAUGGUGUAUGUGCACCUAAUAAUGCAUCAUUUAAAUUAUAUGGUUCAGUUUUUGCUUUUUAUAUUCCAUUUAUAAUAAUGAUAACAACAUAUGCAUUAACAAUGCGUUCUUUAAGAAAUGUUUUAGUUCAUAAAAGAAAAUAUAAUCGUGAAAGACGUCGCAAACAAACAUUUCAACCAUUAGCACAACUUGUUAAUCAAUAUGCUACAAUAGCACAAAAUAUUCGACGUACACCAUCAACAAAUAAUUCAAUAACAAAUACAAAUAUUAAUAAUAAUAAUAAUUCUCCUUUAAUUAAUACAUCUUAUGCAUUACUAACAACUAUAUCACCAAGACAUUCACGUACACAAAGUCUUCUAUCAAGUAAUUCAGAUUUAAAUUUAAAACAAGUUUCAAAUAAUAUUCAAUAUAGUUCAAUAAAUAUGACAAAUAGAACAAAUAUAAAUAAUGAUUUUAUUCAUCAUAAUAAUCAACAUUUAACUAUUAAUUAUACGAAACCAAGUGGAAGUAAAAAAAGACAUUAUUAUUAUCGUCAUCAACAUCAACAACCAUGUACAAUAAAUACAGGAAUAAAUCGUACAAAAAAUGAACAUGAUAUGAGUACCGUUUUUGAAAUAACUGAAUGUUCAAAAGGAACAUCAGGUUCAUAUGAUUCUACAUUGAAAACAGGUAAUCAUAUGCGUCAAAGAUCAAACGUUACUAAUAAACAAAAACAAAAACAACAGCAAGCAUUAAAAAUGAUAGACAGUAUAGAACAACAACAACAACAAAUGCCAAAUACAACAACGAUAACAUCAACUGUUAGUACUGUAUCACCACCCGAAGCAGAUAUUUGUUCAACGACAGAUAUUGAUAGUGGACCUGAAACAAAGGAAUUAAAUUCUACUGAAAUAAUUCCUUCAACAACAUCUAUUCAUUCAACUUUACUUAAUCCUACAGAAUCUAAAUCUUUAAUAAUUCCAUGGCAAGAUUAUUUUACUAUAAUUCAAUAUAUUCUACAAUAUUAUCUAUUUAUUCAUCCUUAUCGAUCACGUCCUUUAGCAAUUAAAUAUAAAUUAAAUGAAAAUGAAUUUAAUAAAAGAUCAUCUAUAGUACAUCAAUCAACAUCAACAUCAUCAGUAAAUUUAAUAGUAAGAAAAAAUUCUCAAUCGGUGUCUACACAAACAAAUUCUCUUCUACGAUUAGAUUUAUCUAAUAGUCAUAGAAUUAAUAAUAGUGAAACAAAUUUAGAUAAUCCUAUUAAACGAUAUAAAUUUUCAUUUAAUCGAUCAAUAUUACCUUCAUCAUCUUUAUUUACAAAAUUUUUUCGUCAAUCAUCAAUAACAUUAUUACGUUCACGUACACAUUCAACUAAAUCAUCAAUAUCAUUAAGUCAACUUGCACCUGUAACAUCAUUAUCAUAUUCAAUACGUCAACAACAACAAUAUCCAUAUCAUCAUUGUUCAUCAAAUGUUUUUCGUCCAAUUGAAUAUGAAAUGAAUCAUAUUUUAGAUAAUGAUCAUCGUCCUCGUGCAGCAUCAUCUUCUGUUCUAUUACAUACAACAUAUCAUCGAAAAAAUCAUACAUCUUUAUAUGGACCUAGAUCAUUACAACGUCAACAACAAUAUCAAUCUGGUUCAGGUUAUUCUUUAAAAUAUUCAAAUCCACAUACUUUACGACGACAACAACAACCAUUUACUUCAUCAACAAAUACAAAUUCAACUGAUUCAUUAUCAGUUUUUCAACGAUUAAAUUCGAAAUAUUUUUCAACAAUAUCAAAUCAACAACAACAACAACAACAAACUUAUUCACAACGUUUACGUGAUGAACAUAUUGUUGCAGCUAAUGAACGAAAAGCUUUAAAAGUUUUAUUAAUUAUAUUUUGUGUAUUUGUUACAUUAUGGACACCAUUUUUUAUUUGUACAUUUAUAUCAGCUAUAUCUGAACAAUGUCGUGAACGUAUAUCAUCAACUGUUUGGUUUUCAAUAACAUGGCUUGGUUAUAGUUCAUCUAUGGCUAAUCCAUUUAUUUAUACAAUAUUUAGUGAUGCAUUUCGACGUGCAUUUACAAAUAUUAUUUUUUGUCGACCAAGUGAUUCAUCAUUUUCAAAACAAUUUUCAACUAAAUUAUCAUAUCAAAAAAGUGCCGUACCACAUCAACCAAUUCAUCAACAAUUAUCAUAUAGACGAAAUUUAAAUUAUGAAUAUUCAAGAACAUCAACACCAAUAUCAUUACAUCCUCAAACAUCAAUUGGUGGAAGUGAUGCAACAAUAUAUAUUAAUCGAUGUAUAUCAAAUUCAUUACGAUAA